CACGGCCGGUCCCUUCUGGGCGCCCGGGACAGACUGGGCGCGCGCCCGUGUGUGUGUGUGUGCGCGCGGGUCUAGAGGGCAGAGGUGUCCCCUCGUUACCUUUUUUUUUUCUUCCUUUUAUCCAAAGAACGGGACAGUUCGCACGCUUGCUUUACUGUCGCCCGGUUGGGAGUGGGGUUGGUGUGCGAAGUGGUUUGUCGUUUUUUCUUUUGAACUUGUGUGUGCUUUUUUUUUUCUCUCUUUUUUCAUUUUUUAGGCUCAGUGCCGUCCGGGCUGGUUUCCCUGGUCCCUGACUAAUCUGUCCUUUCGAAGUCUCGCCACCCCCGCCCAAGGUCGCCCCUGCGUUCUCGCCCCUGGCCCCCUGGGGGGAGUUUUGUCCCCGCCCUGCCCACCCGUGUCUUCGCAGCCGUAGCCGCACCUGCCUCAAUAUGAAUGGGGUCAACGACCCACCUCUUUUUAUAAAAGAUAUUAAGCCCGGACUGAAAAACUUAAAUGUCGUCUUUAUUGUCUUGGAGAUAGGACGCGUGACCAAAACUAAAGACGGCCAUGAAGUGAGAUCGUGCAAAGUAGCAGAUAAAACGGGCAGCAUCACUAUUUCCGUGUGGGACGAGAUCGGAGGUCUUAUACAGCCAGGGGAUAUUAUUCGGUUAACCAGAGGGUAUGCAUCCAUGUGGAAAGGAUGUCUGACACUUUAUACUGGAAGGGGUGGUGAACUUCAAAAAAUUGGGGAAUUUUGUAUGGUUUAUUCAGAAGUGCCAAAUUUCAGUGAGCCUAACCCAGAUUAUCGAGGACAGCAGAACAAAGGAGUAAUUCAUCCAAAUGCAUACAGUGAACAGAAGAGUAAUUCCAUGAAUAGUAAUAUGGGUACAGGUACAUUUGGACCAGUGGGAAGCGGUGUUCAAAGUGGCCCUGAAUCAAGGGGAUAUCAAUUUUCAUAUGGUGGUAGAAGCAAUGGCCGGGGACCUAUAAAUCCACAGCUACCAGGAACAGCUAAUAAUCAAACAGUCAUGACCACAAUAAGUAAUGGCAGGGACCCUUGGAGAUCCUUUAAAAGAUGACCUAUGCCAAAUACUCACAUGUAGUUUUUAAACUACACACCCUACUUGAACACUUACUGCACUUUUAUUUAUCGUUAACUGUGAAACGUAGUAUGUCCUUUAUUGGUUUUCUUUUACAUUUUUUGUUUGUUAAGAUGAGUGGUUUGUUUUUAUAGCAAAACUGUUAAGCUGCUCAAGUCUCUUAUUCAAGAAUGGGAACACUGAAAAGUAGGGCCAUUUAUUUUUAGAGCAAAAAGUUUGUUGGGUAUCUUCUAAAAAACUUGUACCCAUUUCAUGGGUGAGUUAAGACAUCACUUUAUAGCCUCUAUGAGUCUUUAUCUUCUGUAUAAUUUUGUAGUAUUUAACGUAAGGCUUAGUGAGAGAUGUUAUUUUGUCUUAAAUUCAGAUAUUGCCAACUAAAGCAAUAACCACCAAAAAAACAAAAACUUUUGUCCACGCUAACGGCAAUUUUUGAGUGUUUGUGACUCCAGGAAUAAUUGACUUCUUUAUUGAGUGACUGCCAUUAAGAUUUUCCAAGGACUAAACCAUCUUAAAUUCUUAUUUUAUUGUAAAAGAACCAGUUUCUUUAUCAAAAUUAUGGAAUUGAAUGUGAUCUGUAUUGUAACAUAAUUUUUAGAAGAAAGCUACAUUUACUUUAUUUUAGGGCAGCGUUCUUAACAUUUGUUAUCAAAACUGAGGCCUUGAAUAUUUAUUUUUUGAAACUACCAUGUUAAAUAUUAAGGUAUAAUUUGAGGGAGUUAUAAAGUCAUAAUAAACAUUGAUCUGUUUUAAAAAACAAUUGUGAUAAACAUAAUAGAGAAGGCAAUUCAAAUUGAAUUCAUGUAAUAUGCAGUCUCAAGUUAUAGAUCUUAGGUACUUAAAGGUACUCAGCCUGGAGUGAAAAUCCUGGUUACUUAACUUUGAGGAGUAUGUGUAUAUAUGUGUGUGUACUGUCAGUUUUUAAACACAAUUCACAUAGCCUUAUUUGCAAAAGGAAAGAAAUGGCUCUCGAAGUCAUUACAGCUUUAUUCAGAAAUGUAAAGGUGAAAUUUAUGUGUCAUAAAUGGUACCCACUUCCACUUUUUUACUGUAGAGCGGAUAACAGGUAAAUUUUUCCUUUGUUAGAAUUCAACUCUUCUUGAAUAUUAUCUCUUGAAUAAAACUUGCAUCAAUGUUAACAGAC